ACUGAGGUCACUGUUGUCCAAAGUUCCUGUCCAGCUUUUGUUUUCUUUAGUUGGUGUCUUCGCUGCCUGUUGUUCCGCUGUUUUCCUCCUGAGUGUGAAGAUAUGUGGAUAUAGGGCUGACUAUGAACUGGCUUUAACUCCUUUCCAAAGUGUUUGCAUAGUUGGAUAUUAGCUUUUUUUAAGACAGGUGCAUUAGGUACAAUGUUGCAGCUGAGAUUUAGAGUCACUCUGAUGCUUCUUCUACUGGCGGCCAGGUGUGUUACACAGGAACAAACUCAAAAUAAAGGCUGUGUUUGUGGGCACCCCGGGAUACCUGGGGACCCCGGACACAAUGGCACACCUGGCAGAGAUGGUCGAGAUGGACUCAGAGGUGACAAAGGUGAUCCAGGACAAGUUGGCCAUAUGGGAGCAGCAGGUACUGAUGGACACAAGGGAGACAAAGGGGAACUCGGUGCAGUUGGCCCAUCAGGGGUCAAAGGAAAAAGGGGAGACAAUGGAGAACGGGGGCCUCCUGGGAAAAUGGGGCCUCAAGGAGUCCAAGGGCCCGUUGGCCUGAAAGGAAAUAAGGGAGAGCUCGGGCUGCCCGGACCUCAAGGGCCUAAAGGCAAUGUUGGGCCUAUUGGACCAGAGGGUCCCAAGGGGGAAAUCGGCCUUCGAGGUGACAGAGGCAUUCUGGGACCAUUGGGCCCCCCCGGCAAGUCAGGGCCUAAGGGGGACCUCGGUGUCCCAGGUCAUAAAGGGAGUAUAGGAUAUAGAGGUGACAGAGGGCUUCGAGGCGAGAAAGGGGAACUGGGUGAGAAGGGCGACACAGUUGUUAUCCCUAAAAGCGCUUUCUCCGUGGGACUCACAGCGACGAGUAAACUGCCAUCAGUUAAUGCUCCCAUUCGGUUCGACAAGAUCAUCUACAAUGCACAGAAUCACUACGAUCUGCAAACAGGAAGAUUCACAUGCUCCGCAGCAGGGGCCUAUUUCUUCACCUACCACAUCACCGUCUACUCCAGGAACGUGAAGGUGGCUCUGGUGAAGAACGGAGCGAAGAUCAUCCACACCACGGAUACCUACCAGAACAGCGAGGACCAGGCAGCAGGGGGCGCCGUGCUGCACCUGGAGGUGGGGGACAAGGUGUGGCUGCAGGUGGCUGGAGGAGAGCUGUACAAUGGGCUCUUUGCUGAUGAAGAUGAUGACACCACCUUCUCUGGGUUCCUGAUCUUUGGGGCUUAAAUUGCGCACCAUUUCCUAAUGAAUGCUGGUAAUUGUAUUUUAAGCAUAGAAAAUACAUUUUGUUUUUGAUACUUUGAAAACAUUAUGCUAGUCAUUUAACCAUACUUUUACGUAAGGACAUAUUGAAAUGCAGGACCUUUACACUGUAAGGAUAUUGCUAUUUUUUUUAAUCAGAUUAUUUUGUGUGUUAUACCAAUUCAAUAAAUGUUCCUGUAAGUUCUUGAACCUGUA